UGUGAUUUAUGCAGUCCCCCACAUCACCUACAAGAGUAUCAUUUCCCUCUUUCACAAUAGCCACUUUCUCCUAGUGAUAUAUAGCAAGGUCUAACAAUUCUAGCUAAUAACUUAACUCAAUUCAACUCAAACCAACAUCACCAACAAGGUUCAAAAUAUGGAGAUGAAGAGAGAAAUUACCAAGGAGGAAGAGCACAAGGAGGAUAGCAUGCACACUAUAGUGUUCACAGCAGGUACAUUUCUUCUGAUGGUGUGUCUAAAGCACUUUCUAGUUGAGCAGUGGCGUGCUUGGGUGUUCCUCAUCCUCAAUGUCAUUUUGUUAGCUAUCCUAUUCAUGUCUCUGAGGCCAGCCAAGUUGGAGGAGGAUCACAGUUCAGAAAGUGAAAGCAGUGUUGAAGAAGUGAAAAGUGACAAUAAAUUAGAGAAAAAGUGGCCAAGUGGGGGGUCUCAAGAAGAAACUGAAAAAGGAAAAGAUUGCUACAUAAAACAAUGUUGUAGUAGUAGUAGUAGUACCUAUGCUCUUGUUGAGAAUGAAAGAGAAGAUGAUGAGGAAGAGGAAGAGGAGGAGGAGGAAGAGCAGGUUCCAGUGCUGUCCAAGGAGGAAUUGAAUGAGAGGGUGGAAGCUUUCAUUGCAAUGUUUAGGCAGCAUUUGAUCUCUGAUGUCAAACAAGCUGAAAGUUUCAGGCUCCACAAGAUUGAAGUGUCUUGCUGUUGAGGCUUGUGUUCUAAAAACAGCUACAAAUUUUGUUUUUGUUUUUUUGUUUUUAUUUCUUCUAAAUGAUUAAGUAUGUUCUUCACUGCUAUAUUGUUUGGAUUGAUCAUUUGCUGGCCUCUUGUUCACAUUAUCUUGAUUCCUUUUAUUACUGAUAA